GACAAACGCACCGCCAUCGCUGGCGAUAUGUCGCCACACGGUCAUCGCUGUCGCACAAGCGUCGCACGGCUCCUCCUGUCGCACAUUGCUCCUCCGCGCCCCACUAUUCCGCCCUCCGCGCAACUCUCCCGUUCCGCUCAAUUGGGGCAAGCUCCGCACGCCACCCUAUCGCGCCCCGCCGCUGGCAAUGCCGCGGCAUCACCUCGAUCCCUCCUGGCCGCGGCGUCCCCGCGGCCAAUCGCGGCGUGGUCUGCGCACCCCUCGAGUUCUUCCCCCGAUUCCUCUGGCCCAUCCAUGUGGCAGGAGACCUGCUCCGAUUGGCUGAGAAUCCCCGCAAUCUCUAAGGUCGCGUCUCCGCCGUCCGACCCUUGUGCGCUUCUGCGCGCACAUCCCGUUUUUCCGCCAUUUUCCCUGCCAAGCGCGCGGCUGGUACUCUCCCCAGAAGGAGCAGCGUGGAAAGGAAUUCCAGCCUUUGCUUCAGUAUUCGACCGAUCCUCGGCUACAGCCGUUGAAAGGGCUGAAGGGCUGCUCUCAGCCGCCUCAGCCGUGUCAACAGCGCGCCGAGCCUUUGCUACAGCCGUUUCGAGGACGGAUGGGCGGCUCUCUGCCGUCUCAGCCGUCUCAGUUGACUCAGCAGCGCGCCGAGCUUUUGCUGCAGCCGUUGAAUCGCCUGGAGGCGCGGUCGGGGAGCGAGGAAAGCGGUUGUCUGGAGGCACAGGGGGAGAAAGCGGAUUGACAUUGCCUGGGAAGGCGGGGAACGAGGGGGGGCGGAAAGGAGGGGAAGAUGAGACGAGGGUGGUAGUGUACCGGGGGAGGUGGAUGCGCCUGCUGCGACUCAUGGUGAGGCUCAAGGUGGCUCAGCUGGUGGGAGUGGCGUCGCUGGCAGUGCCCAUAGCAGCCUGGACGCAAGGGGCCUCCCUUUCCCUGGGAACGAGUCUGGCAGUGGGGGCAGUGGUGGGGGGGGCAGGAGCGGCGUCAGCGUGCCUCUGGUUCUACUCCUCUCGAUAUGUGGGCGAGAUGGCGCUAGUGAGGAAAGCAGCCGGCGGCCAUGCUGCUGCUGGUGGUGGUGGUGGCGAUGCUGGUGGUGGUGGUGGUGGUGGUGUUGAUGGGGAGCAGUGGCAUGUGUGUAUCAGCACGCUGGACUUCUGGGGCAACAGAGAGAACCUCACCCUCCCUCUCAGUGCCAUAGCACCGCCUCUCAAGGGUCUGUCCCAGCACCACCUCAGGGCGAUCGCCCAGCAGAGCUUUGUGCCAUUAGAUGUGCCCUCCCACCGCCAGUUUGUGCUGAGCAUACGGCAUGGCCGCAUCCCCAACCUGCCGCUGCUGCUGGGCGUCCUCAAAGGCGACGAUGACUGGGAGAAAGACAUGCAGUCCUAGUCUCGUUUCUUCAACAGCUUCUUUAGCUUCUUCAGCAUCUUUUCAUAUUCUUUAAGGGGGUUCGGGUGGAUGAGCAGCAAUGGGCCCAUUCACACAUUCCCUUCCAUCCAACCAUCCUCUGCUGCUGGCCCAACCGCCCUCUGCUGCUGACCCAACCGCCCUCUGCUGCUGACCCAACCACCCUCUGCUGCUGGCCCAACCACCCUCUGCUGUUGACCCUACCACCCUCUGCUGCUGGCCCAACCACCUUCUGCUGCUGGCACAACCACCCUCUGCUGCUGGCCCAACCACCCUCUGCUGCUGGCCUAACCGCCCUCUGCUGCUGGCCCAACCACCCUCUGCUGCUGGCCGAACCACCCUCUGCUGUUGGUGGUGAGCGAAGGUGGCAAGGACUGGGAGGCAGGGAUGGUGCGGUCAAGUUUCUAGUCACGUUUCCUUGGGUGGGGGUUGGGUGCAUCAGCUGUGGGGCGGGGAUACCUUCAACUCACGCAUUCCCCCACCCUACCCCAUCCUCCCUCUGCUGCUGCUGGUGCUGCCCAAAGACAAGGGGAGGAUGAGUGGGAGAAAUCUGUGGACCCCACCCAACCAACCAACCCAAGACACGUUCCGUUUCCAGUUUCGGAUGUAGGUACUCUUGACAAGAACUGCCUUCAAGAGAAGUCUCCAUCUCCAUGUCUUGGCAUGGGAUGGAAUUGUUUAGCCUUCCAGGAGAGUUGGAUUGAUUGGUUAGCAGAAUCACCGUGAACUGUUCAUGCCUUGAACUGUUCAUGCCUUGAACUGAAAGCUCAGUCCUUUAUGUGUAAUGAGUCG